CACGGCGGCCUUUAAAAUGCCCCCCCUUUCGUCGCUGCUCCCAACACAAACCCGCCUCUCUCUCCUCGGCCUCUUCCUGAGAGAGUCUCCCUCCCUCUCCUCACUCCACGCUCGCUCCUCACACCCCACUCGCACUUUCCGCUAGCUCUCUUCUUCUCCGUCUCCUCUUCUCCCUCCCGUCUCCACUGCAUGCACAUGGCUUCUGCCUGGCACCACCUUCCCGUUGUUGAUUGUUGAAUUACUCUCUUUUUCCUCGAUCCAUAUCCCCUCUGCUGCUGCUGGAUUAACCGGAAGCCGGCGAACGUAGGCGAACGAACGAACGAGGUACCCGUGAUCCGCGGCCGGGCAUGGCGCACGGCGAGGUGGAGCUGUCGGUGGGGGUCGGAGGCGGCGGGGGCGGCGCCGGCGGGGCCAUGGAGGCGCCCGUGCGGAUCAGCAUCGGGAGGCUCGUCCUCGCCGGCAUGGUCGCCGGCGGCGUGCAGUACGGAUGGGCGCUCCAGCUCUCCCUCCUCACCCCCUACGUCCAGACUCUCGGGCUCUCACACGCCCUGACUUCAUUCAUGUGGCUCUGCGGCCCUAUUGCUGGCUUAGUGGUUCAACCAUGUGUUGGUUUGUACAGUGACAAGUGCACUUCAAGAUGGGGAAGACGGAGGCCGUUUAUUCUGACAGGAUGUGUGCUCAUCUGUCUUGCUGUCGUAAUUGUCGGGUUCUCGGCUGACAUAGGAGCUGCUCUGGGUGAUAGCAAGGAAGAAUGCAGUCUCUAUCAUGGCCCUCGGUGGCACGCUGCAAUCGUGUAUGUUCUUGGAUUCUGGCUCCUUGACUUCUCCAACAAUACUGUGCAAGGUCCAGCGCGUGCUCUAAUGGCUGAUUUGUCAGGUCAGCAUGGACCCAGUGCUGCAAAUUCAAUCUUCUGUUCAUGGAUGGCACUAGGAAACAUCCUAGGAUAUUCCUCUGGUUCGACUAAUAAUUGGCACAAGUGGUUUCCCUUCCUUCGAACAAGAGCUUGCUGUGAAGCCUGUGCAAAUCUGAAAGGUGCAUUUCUGGUGGCUGUGCUGUUCCUGUCCUUCUGCUUGGCCAUAACUCUGGUCUUCGCCAAGGAAGUGCCAUACAAGGCAAUCGCACCCCUGCCAACCAAAGCAAACGGGCAGGUCGAAGUUGAGCCUACAGGGCCACUCGCCGUGUUCAAAGGCUUCAAGAACCUGCCUGCUGGAAUGCCAUCAGUGCUUCUCGUGACCGGCCUGACCUGGCUGUCCUGGUUCCCGUUCAUCCUGUACGACACCGACUGGAUGGGUCGUGAGAUCUACCACGGCGACCCCAAGGGAAACCCCAAUGAGGUGACGGCGUUCAACGAUGGCGUCAGGGCUGGCGCCUUCGGCCUGCUGCUGAACUCGAUUGUUCUGGGAUUCAGCUCGUUCCUGAUCGAGCCGCUGUGCAAGAGGCUGGGCCCGAGGGUGGUGUGGGUGUCGAGCAACAUCCUGGUGUGCAUCGCCAUGGCCGCCACCUGCAUCAUAAGCUGGUGGUCCAUGAAGGACUUCCACGGCUACGUCCAGCACGCCAUCACGGCCAGCAAGGACAUCAAGGCCGUCUGCCUCGUCCUCUUCGCCUUCCUUGGUGUCCCCCUCGCCAUCCUGUACAGUGUCCCUUUCGCCGUGACGGCGCAGCUGGCGGCCAACAAAGGGGGUGGCCAAGGGCUGUGCACGGGGGUGCUGAACAUCGCGAUCGUGAUCCCGCAGGUGAUCAUCGCGGUGGGGGCGGGGCCGUGGGACGAGCUGUUCGGGAAGGGGAACAUCCCGGCGUUCGGCGUGGCGUCGGGAUUCGCGCUCAUCGGCGGCAUCGCGGGCGUGUUCCUGCUGCCCAAGAUCUCGCGGCGCCAGUUCCGGGCCGUCAGCACCGGGGGUCACUGACGCCCCGGGCCAACCACCCAGGCCCUGAGCACGGCGAAGCUCCAUCGUGCCGGCCUGGCGGUUCCAGUUUCGGAAUGAAAAUCUACCGGACAUUUUACAUAGGCGUAAAUUAGGCGCUUCAAGACUCCGUAGAGCAGAAUAAGAAGAAGAUGUAUGUGAUGAGGAAAACCCUGUUGUAUGUUUUUGUAUGUGUUAAAUGUGUGUUCUGUGGACUAUGGUGCGUGACAGAUAUGGCAGGCGAAUUUGGUCAUCAGAAAUUGGUCAGUAGUUUAUCAUUGUUCCUUUCCCGUAUAACAGAGCCCAUAUAUCUACCCCAAA